GUCGUUCUGCGCCUCCAUUCACUGCAGGCUAAAAUAUUUAAAGUUUUUAUUGAUUAUUCUUUUCUUAUCCGGGUGUUUACCCCUGAAUGGCCUGUAAUGAUCAGGUUUGGGCUCAUAUGAACCGAAGCAGGGAUGUGUCCGUGUUUGGAGAUGAACAGGAACUGCUGGUCAGUGAGGUGAAGUAACGGGAGCUUGUGGCCAGAGGCAGCAUCGGCUUUCAAGACUUCUUUUUUUUUCCAGUGGACGGGUCGGUCCAGCCGGUGAGAGGCGCAGGAACCGGUUACUGGGUUAAUAACGAGUUAACUAACCCGCACAGACAGUCUGGAAGGAGAAUGAAGAGCAUCCUUCCUCUGCAGGACAUCUCACCGUGUUAAACAGCCUUACACCCGGGACAGAACCAGGACCAGUGGAGACAGUCCAGCCAUGGAGGAGGAAGAGGAGGAGAUCAGCAGCAUGGAGUACCUGCUGGACCUGGUUCUGCAGAAAGACCUGGGCCGGAGGCUCCAGGUUGGCCAGGAGAUCACCGAGCUGGUCCUUAACCAGGAACGGUGUCCUGGGCUGGAGCAGGACCAGAGUCUGCUGGACAGGAUGGUGGACACCGUGGCCAGCUCCUGGGUCAACUCCAGCAACUACAAGGUGGUCCUGUUGGGGAUGGAGGUUCUGUCGGCUCUGGUGGACAGGCUGCAGGAGAGGUUCCGGACUCAGGUGGGAACAGUUCUGCCGAGUCUGAUCGAUCGCCUGGGAGACUCCAAGGACCAGGUCCGGGAGCAGGACCAGGCUCUGCUGCUGAAGAUCAUGGACCAGUCGGCCAACCCGCAGUAUGUGUGGGAGCGCAUGAUGGGAGGCUUCAAACACAAGAACAUCAGGACCAGAGAGGAACUCUGCCUCUGCCUCAUCUCCACCCUCAAUGUGUUCGGGUCUCAGAGUCUGACCCUAAAUAAAAUCGUCCCUCUCAUCUGCAACCUGCUGGGAGAUCCAGCCAGUCAGGUCCGUGAUGCAGCCAUGUCCUGCCUGGUGGAGAUCUACCGCCAUGUUGGAGAGCGAGUGAGGAUGGACCUGGGGAAGAAGGGUCUGCCUCAGUCCCGGCUCAACAUGAUCUUUAGUCAAUUCGAUGAAGUCCAGAGGUCCGGGAACAUGGUUCUGUCCCCGCUGUCAGAUAAAAACUUUGAGGACGAUGAGUCGGUGGACGGCGGACGUUCCUCCUCCAAAGGAGCCUCUCUGUCUGGGAGGAAGGCAGUGAGCAUGGGCUCGUUCCGACGGCCGUCCUCAGCCUCCAGCAGCAAGUCUGCAGGGAGGGACGGGUCGAGCGCAGGAGCUGUGGAUGAGGAGGAUUUCAUCCAGGCCUUCCAGGAUGUUCCCACAGUGCAGAUCUACUCCAACCGGGAGGUGGAGGAGGCCAUGACGAAGAUCCGCGACGUGCUGUCGGACGAUAAGAAGGACUGGGAGCUGAGAGUGGCCGCGCUGAAGAAGCUGCGCUCGCUGCUCCUGGCCGGAGCGGCGGAGUUUGACUGCUUCCCGCAGCAGCUGCGGCUCAUGGAGGCGUCCUUCAAGCUGUCGGCCAAAGACCUGCGCUCUCAGGUGGUUCGGGAGGCCUGCAUCACGCUGGGCCAUCUGUCGUCGGUGCUGGGCAGCCGCUUCGACCACGCAGCCGAGGCCAUCAUGCCGGCGCUCCUCAACCUGGUCCCCAACAGUGCCAAAGUCAUGGCCACGUCGGGCGUGGCCGUGAUCCGCCUCAUCCUCAGACAAACACAUUGUCCUCGUCUCAUCCCCAUCAUCAGCAGCAGCUGUACCUCCAAAUCUGUGGCCGUCAGAAGACGCAGCUUUGAGUUUUUGGACCUGCUGCUGCAGGAGUGGCAGACGAGCAGCCUGGACAGACAUGGAGCGGUGUUAACGGAGACGAUAAAGAAAGGGAUCCAUGAUGCUGACGCUGAAGCUCGAUCUGUGGCCAGGAGGUGUUACUGGGGCUUCCAGGGUCACUUCAGCCGGGAGGCGGAGCUUCUGUUCAAGGGUCUGGAGUCAGCCUAUCAGAAAGCUCUGCAGGCCCAGCUGAAGAGCGGAGACACUCUGAUGUCGCUCCCGGCCUCCGACCGCUCGUCUUCGUCGUCUCAGGAGAGCCUGAACCGGCCGAUGUCUGUGAAAAGCUCGGCGGGAAGCAGCAGCAGAUCCAAACCUUCCGCCGCCUCCCGGAGGCCUGCAGCCGCCUCCUUGCCGGGAUCUCUGCAGCGGUCUCGCAGCGAUGUGGACGUCAACGCCGCUGCCAGCGCUAACGCCCGCACCAGGAUGCCCGCCGUCUCCUCCGCCGCGGCGUUGUCUCCCUUCAGCUCGGCCUCAGCGCUUGCCCCUGGAUCCUACGCUUCGCUCGACGGCUCCUGGGCUGUUAACACAGAUGGUCGGGUCCGAACCAGAAGGACGAGUGCAGGAACCGGUCCGGCGGUGACGGACAGCGGUGGUCGGAGCCGAGGAAAGGUCGUCUCACAGUCCCAGCCCGGCAGCCGCUCCGGUUCUCCGGGCCGUCUGCUGAGCUCCACGUACGGUAGGAUCCCGAGGCCGACCACAGGCGGCGGUGGCCACAACAGCGCCUCCUGCGGUCAGAGCGAGAAGACUCGACCUCGAGGUCACCGCAGUCAGGGCUGCAGCCGGGAGACAAGUCCCACCAGAUCAGGAGUGGCCCGGAGCCGGAUCCCUCGGCCCAGCAUGAGUCAGGGCUGCAGCCGAGAAACGAGUCGCGAGAGCAGCCGCGACACCAGCCCCGCCAGGGGUUUCUCCCCCCUGGCGAGCCGUCCUCAUUCCCGUUCUACCAGCGCCCUGACCUCUGCAGAAUGCUGCUCAGACCGGCUGUCCCAUCAGGCUCGGAUCUCCGCCUCCGUCAACGCCAUGAGGAUCCUGAACACCGGCACCGAGGUGGAGGCUGCUGUGGCCGACGCUCUGCUGUUGGGAGACUCCAGGAGUAAGCGGCGGCCCGUGAGGCGGCGCUUCGAGUCGCCCGGCAUGUACUCGGACGACGACGCCAACAGCGACGCCUCCAGCGCCUGCUCGGACCGCUCGUUCAGCUCGAGGAACGGCGGCGCGGGGCCUCACUUCCUGCGUCAGACGGAGGACGUGGCCGAGGUGCUGAACCACUGCGCCAGCUCCAACUGGUCCGAGAGGAAGGAGGGCCUGCUGGGACUGCAGAACCUGCUGAAGAGCCAGAGGAUGCUCAGCCGUGUGGAGCUAAAGCGACUCUGUGAGAUCUUCACCAGGAUGUUUGCAGACCCCCACAGUAAGAGAGUGUUCAGCAUGUUCCUGGAGACUCUGGUGGACUUCAUCAUCCUGCACCGGGACGACCUGCAGGACUGGCUCUUCGUCCUGCUCACACAGCUGCUGAAGAAGAUGGGGGCCGACCUGCUGGGCUCGGUCCAAGCUAAAGUCCAGAAGGCUCUGGAUGUCACCAGAGAGUCGUUCCCAUACGAGCAGCAGUUCAACAUCCUGAUGCGUUUCAUCGUUGAUCAGACCCAGACCCCCAACCUGAAGGUGAAGGUGGCCAUCCUGCGCUACAUCGAGGCUCUGGCCCGGCAGAUGGACCCGGCCGACUUCGUCAACUCCAGCGAGACGCGCCUCGCAGUCUCCCGCAUCAUCACCUGGACCACCGAGCCCAAGAGCUCCGACGUCCGUAAGACCCUCCAUAGCUGGGCAGGGGAGGAGUUAUCAGGCCGCAGCAGCACCGUGGCCUCUCUGCCUGGGGAGGGGAACCUGGAGGAGAGGUGCAAGCAGGCAGCCCAGGUGGUUCUGAUCGCCCUCUUUGAGCUCAACACUCCAGAGUUCACCAUGCUGCUGGGAGCUCUGCCCAAAACCUUCCAGGACGGGACCACCAAGCUGCUGCACAACCACCUCAGGAACGCCAGCGCCAGCAGCGGCAUCUCCAUGGCGUCUCCAGUUAACUCGGCCGGUCGUACGCCUCCUCGCCAUCCCGGCAGCCGCAGCAGCCCACUGAACUCGCCCACCAACCACGGCCAGGCCGGUCUUUCCCCCAGUCGGCUGUGGGGCUGGAGCGCCGACGGCCUCUCCAAAUACCCUCCUCUUCCUCUUCCUCCCUUCCCCUCCCCUUUUCCUCCCACUGCCUCCCUCAAGGCCUUACGGCGAGCUUACUCACCCAGCAUGUUGGAGUACGACAGCGAGAACCUGAACUCUGAGGAGAUCUACUGCUCCCUGCGAGGCGUCACCGAGGCCAUCCAGAACUUCAGCUUCCGCAGCCAGGAGGACCUGAUGGAGCCGCUGCGGCGGGACGGGAAGCGGGACGCCAUGGCCGGCGUGGCAGCAUCCUCAGACCCAGAACACCGGUUCUGUGGCGACGUGACGGAGGGCGGCAGAACGGCUCUGGACAACAAGACAUCCCUGCUGAACACUCCUUCGCCUCGAUCGUUUUCCGGGCCGCGGUUCAAGGAGUACAACCCGUACAACUACACGGACAGCGCACCCGAUAAAUCCGCUCUGUUGGAGGACGGCGCCGAGCCGCUGGGAGACGGCCGGUGGCAGGACUGUGGAGAGAACAAGACGCUGAACCCUAAAAGUUUUCCUGCCGGCUUGGCCCAGCAGCUGGAGCUGGUCGGAGAACUGCUGAAGGAGCUGUCCCAGGCCCAGGCCGGGGACCAGGCCUCCGAGGACAGGCGGGGGACGCUGCUGGAGCUGCUGAAGGUGGCCCGGGAGGACAGCCUGGUGGUCUGGGAGGAGCACUUUAAGACCAUGCUGCUGCUGCUGCUGGAGACACUGGGAGACAAAGACCACUCGGUCCGAGCGCUGGCUCUAAGGGUCCUGAAGGAGAUCCUGCGGAACCAGCCGGCCCGAUUCAAGAACUACGCUGAGCUGACCAUCAUGAAGACGCUGGAGGCUCAUAAAGACUCCCACAAAGAGGUGGUGCGAGCAGCCGAGGAGGCGGCGUCCACGCUGGCCGGAUCCAUCUACCCGGAGCAGUGCAUCAAGGUCCUCUGUCCCAUCGUCCAGACCACGGACUACCCCAUCAACCUGGCCGCCAUCAAGAUGCAGACGAGGGCCAUCGAACGCGUGUCCAAGGAGCCGCUGCACCAGCUGCUGCCGGACCUGGUUCCGGGUCUGCUGCAAGGAUACGACAACACGGAGAGCAGCGUGAGGAAGGCCAGCGUCUUCUGCCUGGUGGCCGUCUACUCUGUGAUCGGAGAGGAGCUGAAGCCCUACCUGUCCCAGCUGACCGGCAGCAAGAUAAAGCUGCUGAACCUUUACAUCAAACGGGCUCAGACGUCCACGAGCAACAGCAGCAGCUCCUCGGACAUCUCCUCCUACUGAGCCAUCACCUUCAUCCUGAUGGUUUCCAGGUUUGGAUGUAGGCUCAGAUCCGUCUCAUUCCUUCAGCUUCUCAAUCUGUCCUGAGGAGCUCCGUCUUCCGGAAGUCCAUCUCCGUUAGCCACCAGCCUUAAGACUUCCUCCUCGACGUCUGGUAGGAAGCCAGUAGAAACCAUUGCUAGAGUCCGAGACCAUUUCAUUCCCAGUUCCAGACUGUUUUUAGAGACGAGAUGAAGAAGACCUCCUGAAGGAGCUGAGGUGAGUCAGAAGAGGAGGACAUUGGGAUUUUUCAAGCUUUUAGUACCUUUAAGUCGCUUGUGCUUGGACACAUCCGACCUUCCAGUAAACUGAAUGUAAAGAGCCUCCCCUGAUCUUCUGCCUCGUCGUCCCGUCGGUAGUAGAAGAACUUCCUGUUGGAGGUCCGGUGGGAGAAUGUGAACGCUGAUCAUUUGGCUGGCCAAUGAUUUGAUCUGUUAGGUAACGUCCAACCUGCAGGACGUUCCUUCAGGAGGAAAUGAUCUGCCUGUGGGACAUUUAUCAGUUCCUCCUCAGGAGUAAACCUCACCUUCUACUGAUCCAUGGAUCCAUGGACCAGUAGAAGGUGAAUGGAAGUUUCAUAACUAAUUUUGUUAAUUAUUUAACAUUAAAUGACACAGAAAUGAAAACAAUACGUCCUCUGAAUGUGGAGGUUUGAAGAAGUCGCCGUAUAAUUUGUCCGAUAAAAUCCUUUAUUUCGUAUUUUAACGUUAGCGUGACCUAGUGGGCGGGGCCUGGUCACAGUCACCUGAUCGCCUGGCCAAUCAGAGCAGAGGGAGGAGGCUCCGAAUCAGAAAACAAUCAUUUGCUCCCUGAGCUCAUCUACGAGGACUAAAAAGCUUUUUAUUUGUCUGUUGAGACCAAGUUUAAUCCAGAAAUGCUUUGACAAUGCCGGCUGACUUAUGGAAAAACAUUUUUCCUGAUUUUACGAAAUGAUAAAACCAGAUUUAUGAUUCCAAGUUUGUAAAUAUUGUGGAAGGAAAGUUUUUCUGUUGAGAAACUGAGGAGACUUCCUGACCAAAUGUAACUGAUAAGUGAUCCACAUCUGAACUAUGCAUGCUUAGAUGUGGCAGGAUGAAGGUUCAUUAGAAGACUACUGCUGCCUGUCAUACGACACACUGUAAUAUAACCACCAAUAACCAGUAUUAGUAUUUAAAUGUUGAUCAUCAGCAGCAGAGCUUCCAGCUGGGUUUCAGCUGAUGGUUCAUUGAAAAAAUGUGAAGUGUUUGAUUAGAAAACCAACAGGAAACCUGAAGAGCUGACCGAGCAGCUGAUCAGAAGAUGUUAAACCAGUCGGUGUUUGAAGUCUGGACUUUAGCAAUAAACAGAACCCUAACGUUGGUUCCUCCUCAGCACACUGGAUGUUUCCACAGUGUUCCUGUACACAAGUGUUUUUAACCCGCACCUGCUGCUGCUGCUGCUUACGGUCAGAACCAGCCAUUGGACCUGUGAUCUCUGCUGUUUGAUGACAGGAGGGCAACAACAUGAGAAUAAAUCUGCUACAGAAUAGAAAUGAGGUCAAUCUGAGCUUCAGUUUCAUGUUUCCAGUUCACAACAACAGUCAGCUUAGAAGGAAACUGUUUUCCAAAUUAUAGCAAGUAAUAAUUAGAAUUUUAGAGCAAAUUUAGGGGAAUAAAUCGUUUGUUUCAAUUAUCUAAUUUAGGUUAAGGAUAAAAAUUAUUUUAACCAAUAAAAACAAGACAAAUAACACAAAUAAAGAAAUAAUCAAAUUUAUAUUUAUUUAAAUAAAGAAUUGUUUAAUAAAAAAAAAAGACUCAUGUAUAAAUAUUUCUUGUUCUUUACCGAAUUACAUUUUAAAAUAAUAUUCCUAUUUUUAUAUUUGGUUUUAAAUAAUUACAUUUUCUAUAUUUUCCAGGUUAAUUUGAACGUUUUUUUUUUUCUGUAUUCUGUAUUUGUUUUCUCUCUCAGAUACUUUGUCAUUUUUGUAUUUUAAUAUAAUUUAUUAUUACCAAACCUCUACACAAACCUACUGGGAAACAGCACCUCCUGCUGGCAGCAACAACUCACAUUUAAUCCUAAUCAGCACAAACAAAAUAUAUAAAAACAAAGGAAAACAAAUUCUUCAGUAAAUCAGGAACAGUUUUAAAAAAUUGACACAAUUUAAACAGAAAACGUUAAAAAAUUUUAGACCAAUAAAUAUUUAAAUGAUUUCAGGUAAAUUGAUUUUGUUUUCUUUAAUUUUCUUUUUUUUGACAGAUUUAUCCUGUUUGUGGCCCUCCUGUUUUCCCAUGUUGAUAGAAAAACCUCUGACUGGUCUAACUGGUGCUAAGCUCCUCCAGUGUGGCCUAGUCAAAGUCCAAAUGCUGCAGAUGGUUUUGGAAAUGGUUUCAUUUGUUUCAAUCCAAAAGGUUCUCAUUAAAGCUGAAGUUCUGUCUGAAUUGGACAUGAAAAAAGAAAUGGUUUUACAUGAUGAGCAGCGGGCUGCUUCCUGCUUUAGUUACAGAACCGUUUGGAUCUUUCAGAACAUUUCAAACAUGGUUAACAGUUUUAUCAGAUUUGAUUCUGUUUCUGAAAAUCUGAGUUAAAAACAAAUUAAAAUGUUUCCCUCUGAGCACGCUCAGUACGUACAGGCCUUAUUGUUUUUCCUACUACUCUCCAGGGGGAAUGUUCAAUGUUCUGGUUCUUCCAGAACCAGAAUGGUUCUCUGUACCAUUUAUUUUUGGAUUUAAACCUGCUGAGUCGAAACUCCAUCAGCUUGUUGUUAGUUUAGCAAAUGAAACCCAGAUCAGCCCAGAUUGUGUGCCUUUGGGUCAACACUCCUGAACAGAACCAACAUGUCCCAACCGGUUCUGACCUUUACUAACACUAACACCACACCGCUGCUUUUCAUGGUGGAUGUUAACAAAGAGCUGCUGUAAAUAAGCUUUGGACCCUGCAUGGCUCCUGAUGGUUUAGUUUGGACCCACCUUAUAUUUAAGUUCUGCUUAAGUUCUGCUGUCUGAUCUGUACCUGCCUGGUUCACCUCCAGCUGAAAUAAACAAUCAGACUUCUUUUCUCUC